UUUUGAGCGUCCGCGUCAGUGAGCAAUCCAGGAAGUUGUUCUACAAUGGCGCCGAUGAAGCCGGCUGGGAAGAGCCGCGUCGAGAGUUUGGGGCCGCGUCGCGGAGGGGUCGGAAUCGGGAACGAGAAUGGAAGGCGGAAGACGUGGCGACCUAACUACUCUCAAGGCUUCGUGGGCAGCGUGCGCGAGGGACAAGGCUUUGCAUUUCGGAGAAAACUGAAGAUUCAGAAACACUACAGGAAAUUGCAGUGGAAGGAAAAGAAGAGUCAAUUGUCCCAGGAAUCCCAGUUCACAGACCACUAUCCAGAUCAUCUGAAGCAUCUCUAUCUAGCUGAAGAAGAAAGGCUCAGGAAGCAACAAAGAAGAGUUGAACACCAUUUGUCAAAAGAAGCAGCUGACCAGCCUGUGCCUGAAGAAGACUCCGACACUGACCAGACUUUGCCAAAGGAUCUAUGUGGUGGUGUUCAACAGCUUCCGCCAGAAGAGCAAGAUAGCCAGACAGUACAUUCUGUGACUUUUCCAAAGAAAAAUAAAAAGAAAACUUCAAAUCAAAAAGCAAAAGAAGAAUAUGAACAGAUCCAGGCUAAGCGUGCUGCUAAGAAACAAGAAUUUGAGAGGAGAAAACAAGAGAGAGAAGAAGCCCAAAGACUCUACAAAAAGAAAAAAAUGGAAAUGUUCAAAAUAUUGAGCAAAAAGACUAAAAAGGGCCAACCAAACUUGAAUUUACAAAUGGAAUAUCUUCUUCAAAAAAUACAGGAAAAAAGUUAAGACAGUUUGUCCUUACAGGUUGAAAUAUCUCCUGUCUCUAGGGCUCUUUUGUACAUGUACUGGUGAGCCUCCAAGCAAUGAGCUUUAGUUGACACAAACUGUAUUAUGAAAUUGCAAAUAUUUUUGUUCUUGUUAAAUUUUCUGUAUAUGUACUCGUCUGACUUGCUUAUUUUAUUUACUUCUGAAGGGAGGGGGCUUGAAGAGCUUAAAAACCUUCUGUUGGGUAGAUAAGCUCAAACUGAAAAUAUUUUUGUACUAUAUAUAGAACUUAUAUGAAAUAAAAUAUUUUUAAAAUGAAAGAGCAAAGCUUUCUGUGAAAUAUUUCAGUGAUAGAGAUUUUUUCAGUUUAUUCUGCGACACGGUGAGGCUUUAAAUUCAUUUUCAUAAGCCUAGUGCUUAUUAUUCAUUUAACAAGUCAGUGCCUAGGAUACCUAGCUAAUCCUAGCUACUAAGUCAGUUGAGAUCCAGAGUAAAGUACUUCAGGGCUAGCUAGCUAAGGCAGAAAAUCACUAAAUUCCAUCUCCAAAAUAACCAGCAAAACACAGACCUAGAGACAAGACUCAAGUGGUGAAAUGCCACUUGAGAGAGCAUGCAAGCAUGAAGCUCUGAGUUCAAAUCCCAGUACUGCUGAAAUAAAUUCAUUUUAAUGAUGAGGGAGGGAAAGACUCAUCUUAGAGUUUUUAUUUGCCUUAAUUUUACUAUAUCCUGCAGGAGAAUGGAUUUUUCUUCAGGACAAUGGAUUUUUCAGAAACCUGAGUGAACACCAAAGAGCAUGCCUAUCGUCUGAACACCUGGAAGACAAAGCCAAAGGAAUUGGUAGUUUAAAGCUACCUUGGACUAUACACAAAGUUCCAGGCUAACCUGAACUAUAUCAUGAGACAGUUUUUCCAAAACAACAAAAAAGUAGUUUGACUUAAAACAACCUAAUAUCUUACAUGCAUUCCCAUAAAUAAAGAGCAUGGCGUAUUAAUAAAAGACCUGUUAGUUGAUGAUGGAAAUACAGUAGGUUCACAGUAAAAGGAAUCAAAUCCUGUGGGAAGAGCCUGUAACUAAAAAUAUUGUCAUUGUGUAAUGCCUUUGGUAACCUUGUCAGCUGAGAGGAAUAACUUUCUCUUGAAUUGUAACUCCAGGAAAAUAAAAAGACUGAACUACAAUUAUUGUAAACAAAA